AUGUUUAGCUCAGAAUUUCCAUCCGAUCCUUCACAGUUCAUUGAUUUCGCUCAGUUUAGUGAAACUGAGGAUGUAGGAAGUGAAGAAUCGAAAUCUGAAACUAAUCAGAUCACAAAUUCUCCUCAUCCUGGUUUCUCCGAUAUCUAUGAUCCCUUCGGCCACACUAAUUUUGAGUUAUCACUUAGCUCAGAUAUGGACUCAUACAGGAAUCUGUGGAGAGAUGCUAACGAAGAAUUAAAAACGAGUGAUGAUAACGUGCGAUAUCCUUCCAUUAGAGAUGCUCAGAAUGAAACUUCUUCCUCACUUAAUCUCAACAGCGAUGAUAUUAUCACAUAUAUGCACUUAGUCCAUGGUCCACAACAAAGUGCCGUUCCAACCCAUUUUCAUCAACUUACUCUUCCCUCAGGCGACACAUCUGGUCAACAUGGAAAUGCUGAACAGUGUAACAUCAACAAUAAGCACUUCUCGGAUAACUUGAAUAUCCUCAAUUAUAGGGAAAAUGCCUAUAAAGGAUUGGAAACAGAUAAGAAAAAUUAUACUUGUCGUUACCCGGGAUGUACAGUGAUCACGAAAGCUCGCAAAGAAUAUCUAACACACAGGAAAACCCACGGUCAACCCUUCAUCUAUGAAUGCAAAGUGCCCGGUUGUGGGCGAACAUUCGACCAUAGAUCAUCAUUUUAUACCCACAUAGAAACGCAUGAACUUCGUCCUCAGUGCGAGGAUUGUGGCAAAUUCGUCGUCAACAGGAAGGCACUGCGAAAACACAAGAGACUCUGCCAAAAAAAAUCUUUCAACGAACGAAGGUAUGAAUGCCUUUAUCCCGGAUGUGCUAUGGUCACGAAAAGUCGUAACGAAUAUAUAACACAUCGGAAAACACACGGUCAGCCCUUCAUCUAUGAAUGCAGAGUGCCUAGUUGUGGGCGGACAUUCGACCAUGAAUCAACAUUUUACAAUCACAUACAGACGCAUGAACCUCGUCCUCAGUGCGAGGAUUGUGGCAAAUUCUUCACCACCAGGAAUAUGCUGCAGUAUCAUAAGAAGCGCUGCGAAAAAAAUCUCGUUAGUUUAUAA